AUGAACCGAGCGUACGGUGGCGGCAGGAGUGCUGCGCAGCUAGAACGGCUCGCUCGGCUGAGCGAGGACAAUGCCUUUGUGGACGUGGAGGCGACUCUGAAGCGCAUCGGCGGCGAAGAUGCGUGGGAGAGUACUGUGGGCGGCGAUGGGACCUUUGACGGGCCAGCGCCGUCCAUUAUUGGCUUGACAUCCAGCAGUGGAGGCGCAUCGACGUCCGGCGCCACUGCGGCGUCGGCCGGCGCGAAGCGAGGGAAGGCACGAAAAGGCACGCGAGCGUCAGAGGACGCGCUCCUCAACGGUGCACGCAUCCCGCUCACCGCGAGCCUGCAGGAUCAGCACAAGGCCUACCUCGAAUCGGUGCGCGCAGGGGCGAAGGUGUGGGAGGAAGUAAGCUGCAGCAGCAGCGUUGAUGACGGUAGCGCCGCAGAUUCUGCAGAUGAGGAUGACAAAGGCGUCAGUAGCAUCGGAGGCGGGCAGACGGCCGAGAGGCGUGGAUUCGGCCCUAAAGCAAGGCGAGGAGGCCCGCAGCCAAAGGUUUCCUCAGCAGAGACGCUGCUGCCAACAUCUCUGUCAUCUUCAGGGCACCCUUCUGAGAUGGUGACGGUGACGUCGGUUCGACGAAGCCCUGCGGAUGGCGCGGCGGUGGCGAGGAAGCGUCCGCGAGGAGCACAGCGCGCCGGCCGCGACACAGCCGACGCCGAGGUGGAGAGGAAGGUCAACCCUGCGGCACAGUUGGCGAGACCUGAUCCGUACAGCUCACUUGUAGCAAAGCUGAAAGCAGAGCUCCGCCUCGUUCGGCAGUGGGAGCGCACCGUGCUGGAGUUCCCCCCACAAAUAAUUAACGGCGUUCUCUCUCCCGAGUCGCGCGCUCCAUGGGCGCAGACGACGUCAACUUCACGCAAGACAGACGUGGCGACGUUUUCGAGCGAGGCGAAGUAUGUCGACAGCGACGACGACACAGAGGUGCUGCCGCACCCUCUAUUACAAGUGUACAGCCUCUGUCCGAGCUAUGAGGCACUCACGGCGGGUCCAGUGCACAGACGCGACGUCGUGCGGUGCGCGACGACGGAGGAGGGGUGGGGACACAAAGAGAAGCCUCGACAAAGUCUGGUAGCGUCGUCUCCCACGCCAACAGAGGCAGCCACAAGGACCCUGCACGUUGCCGGCUUCGCGUUUGCCGUACCUGAGCGAGUCCUCGGCAACCGAAAACGCCGCGGCCGACAGAAGGAAAACGGUUCAGGCCACGCCAGCGGAUUGGGGACCGGCGGGCAGGUGGAUUUCAUCGACCCAGGGAGCGAGGACGCCGUGCAGGGAGAGCGAGAGCACCACCUCUGUUCCGUAUGCAUGCUGCCUGCGUCAUAUCGAUGUUUGCGCUGUCGCACCGCUCUGUUCUGCUCGAUCGACUGCCACGUGCUGCACGAUGCGACGCGCUGCUUGAAGUUUACUGUGUAG